GGCCCCGCCGUCCGGACCGCGCCGCUCCCGCUCCCGCGUCCGCCGCGCCCACCGUGCUGGGGCCGCCCGCCGCCGCGCUGCCCGGCUCCGCUGCCGGCGCUGCGGGCCGGCAGGGCGCUACGGCCCGGCCCGGCCUGGCGCGGUACGGCACGGCACGGUACGGCACAGCACGGCUCGGCCUCGCGGGAGGGCGGCAGCGCGGCAGGGAUCCGCCGCGGCCGGCGAUGGGAGAUGGAAGGAGCCGGCGGUGCGGCAGAAGCAUUUGCGUGGGAUAAUGAUGUAUCAGCUCACACCAAGACUGUUGCCAAGGCCAAAUAUGAAUUUUUGUUUGGCUUGGAAGAAGAGAAACCUUCAGAAAUGGGUAGUGGCCAUGGAAGCAGCACUUUGCUCCCUCAUACCAUCAUCAAUGAAUUUCCAGAGUAUGGCACCCUAGAGCCAAGUGGAGAUGCACCGAGGGCUUCAUUGCCGCGCCAGGCAGAGCCUGUAACACGCAGUCCAGAAAGACGGGAUGGUCACCACCGGGUACCUGGCAGGCCCCUUCCUCAGCGUGCAGCUCCUGCAGACAAUUCGAGACCUGAUGCUGGGGCAGCACAGCCGCACACCCCAGAAGAAGGUUUGCAACCUGUGGGUAAGCUGCCAGAGAUUAUGAAAAUCUCUCGACGGCUGGAAGCAACAAAGGUGCAAGAGAGAGCAAAUACUUCUCUUGAUUCAGAGACGCAAAUGGAAAAAAAGAGCAUUACUGGCAGCCAAAAUGUGCAGGCAGCCAGAGAACCAGUUGCAGCAGGCCAAGAAAAACCCUCAGACAUGCCUCUUCCAUCUGAACGCACAGCUGAGGAAAAAAUGCAUUUGAUCGUAGAGAAAGAUCUGGCUGCAAUAUGGACUGGAGAAAAGCAGUCCGAGUCCUUGGGAGCCAUCACUAAUAAAGCCGAGGAGGUCCACGCAGUACAGGAGACAAGCUGUCAUAGACCAUCUGUGACAAACCUGGAAGCAGCCAGCAGAGUGGAGGGGUGGGCGCAUUUUGAGGAGUUUUCAGCAUACAGUCAAGGCAAAAUGCAAAUGGGUCCUGAGAGGAGGCUCUCUAAAGAGGCAGCUGUGAGCAAACAUGUAGAAUUUCAAGGGGUGGAGAUUUUAUGGCUGCAAAAAGCCGAGGAGCAGAGAAGACAGAAGCACUCUCGGCUGGAGACUGUGUCCGUGGAGAGGAAAGCAUUCCCCAAAACGUCCAGCCACCCUGUGCCACCGAUGGUCUCCCCAGGCUUGGUCUCCUCGCCGGACAUCACUUGGAGCGAGGUCUGUGAGGACCUGAGGCUGGGACCCACUGCCUCUGGAGCCACUCCUCUGGCACUGCUUUAUGAAAGCGGGGAGGAUGAAGUUUUUGUGAAGGACAAGAAGAACUCUGGCGAGGAGGAGACGGCUGUGCUAGCAAGAGGCCAGGGCAGGAUGAUGGAGGAGGGGGAAGCAGCCAUGGGAGGAUAUGAAGAUGUCCUUGGGCAGAGGCACUCCGAUGUCUCCACUGAUCUGUACAGCUCACAGUUUGAAAACAUCCUAGACAAUGCAUCUUUAUACUACAGUGCAGAGUCGCUGGAGACGUUGUACUCGGAGCCUGAUAGCUACUUCAGCUUUGAGAUGCCACUCACUCCCAUGAUCCAGCAGCGCAUGAAGGAGGGCAGCCAGUUUUUAGAUCGGACGUCAGCCUCGGGGCAGCCAGAUGUCCUGCAGCUUCCCCCUGAAGGGGAGGUGAAGGUCUGUGGUGAAGGCCUCGCCAAUGGCUUAAGGGUUGUUGUAAGUGAAACGCUCUUCAGAGGAGAUGUCACAGAAGUCCCUCGACUGGAAAGCAAUGCUGAACUGCAGAAUAUGGUGUUAGGCUCUGGUGCUGCCAUGGGAAGCAAUGAACUUCAGGAGAAAGAUGCCACUGGAGCCCUUGGCCACGAUCUCAGCAAUGGUGGCAGCAGCAAUUUGGAAGCAGCCAGGCGCCUGGCUAAGCGCCUCUACCAUCUGGACAGAUUCAAACGCUCCGAUGUGGCAAAGCAUUUGGGUAAAAACAAUGAAUUCAGCAAGCUUGUGGCUGAAGAAUACCUUAAGUUUUUUGACUUCACAGGCAUGACGCUGGACUACUCACUCAGGAGUUUCUUUAAAGCCUUUUCACUUAUUGGAGAAACUCAGGAACGAGAGAGAGUUUUAAUUCACUUCUCAAGCAGAUACUACCAGUGCAACCCAAACAUGAUUUCUUCUCAAGAUGGAGUUCACUGUCUCACGUGUGCCAUGAUGCUGCUGAACACAGACCUGCAUGGCCACAACAUUGGGAAAAAGAUGACGUGCCAAGAGUUCAUUGCUAACCUCCAGGGGAUGAAUGAUGGCAAAGACUUCCCAAAAGGGCUGUUGAAGGCCCUCUACAAUUCAAUCAAGAAUGAGAAGCUGGAAUGGGCAGUGGAUGAAGAAGAGAAAAAAAAGGCUCAUUCAGAUGGUAUAGAUGAAAAGGAUAAUGGGAGCCAGACGAAGGCUGUCAGUCGAAUUGGCAACUCAAAUAACCCAUUCCUUGACAUCCCUCAUGACCCGAAUGCUGCUGUGUAUAAAACUGGAUUUCUAGCUCGGAAAAGCCAUGCAGAUAUGGAUGGAAAGAAAACUCCCCGGGGAAAGCGAGGCUGGAAAACCUUUUAUGCUGUGCUGAAGGGAACGGUCCUGUACUUGCAGAAGGAUGAAUAUAAGCCAGAAAAGGCUUUGUCGGAGGAAGAUCUGAAGAAUGCAGUUAGCGUGCAUCAUGCACUGGCAUCCAAGGCAACAGACUAUGAGAAGAAACCCAAUGUUCUCAAGCUUAAAACAGCAGAUUGGAGGGUCCUGCUUUUCCAAGCCCAGAACCAAGAAGAAAUGCAGACCUGGAUCAACAAGAUUAACUGUGUGGCUGCUGUCUUCUCUGCACCACCAUUUCCAGCAGCAAUUGGCUCUCAGAAGAAGUUCAGUCGCCCACUCCUGCCAGCCACCACAACGAAGCUAUCUCAGGAUGAACAGCUGAAGUCCCAUGAAGCUAAGCUGAAGCAGAUCUCCACUGAGCUUGCUGAACAUCGCUCCUAUCCUCCUGACAAGAAGCUCAAGGGCAAGGAAGUAGAUGAUUACAAACUGAAGGACCACUAUCUGGAGUUUGAGAAAAAUCGCUAUGAGAUUUACGUUGGCCUCCUGAAAGAAGGGGUGAAGGAGCUGCUGAGUGGAGGAGAGAAUGAUGCACCAGGACUGAAGAAAUCCCACUCAAGUCCCUCAUUGAAUCAGGAGUCUCCAGUUAGUGCCAAGGUGAAACGCAAUGUCUCGGAGAGGAAGGACUACAGGCCAGAAACACCCAGUGUUAAGCAGAAGGUCACUUAGGGUGGAAAUGGUAACUAGGGGAACAGCCAUGCAGCAAAGUACCGGUGGUCAAAAUUUUUUUGUUUAAUAACCUGUCAUUCACAAAAAAUAAGUGCAUCUGCCUGAAUGGGGUGUUAGUGACAUUUUCUAUUGUAUAUUUUGCUGUUUCUGUGCAGAGUGUGGGAGAUGUCUUUGCUCCUGCUUUGCUUUGCUUUGUUAAUUUAUCAUUCAGCAACUGAAGCAUCGGGACUUUUUGUGUUGUUCUGUUUCUAAAGGAGCUGGGGGAGGGGUAGAGCGCUGUGACGUAUAUUCUGUCUCUUCCCUGUUUAUCUCCUCCCAUCGGCACGUGGCUUUCAUCUCUCAAGUCACUUGUCACUUUAUUUACAUGGUGGGUGGGAAAAUAACUGGAGAAAUGCUGCAGUGCUGUGAAUGCAGGCUGUAGCUGUGAGAAAAACUUUGCAAAUGGGCAGCUGCAGAAGGCUGGCUAGAGCCUAGGGUGCUGGGAAUAAUGGUUUCCUGAUGAUGCAGAGCAUGUUGGUACUGGAAUUAGCAGCGAGUGCUACAGUAAAUAGUCACUGUUGCUUAUCGUUAUUGUGUGGACCCUGGACCCAUGAGCACGUAGGAAUGAAACUUGGAAACUGCUGGCAAUGCUGGAAUGACAGCAUUGGAAUAAUUUGGUUGCUUUUUCCAAGCAGAGAGUCUUCUCCUGAGUUAGCAGGCUGGGGGGUAUCCAAACCCGUGCUGUCUCUGUGGUCAGGGAGAUUAGGGAUUGCCCAGUCAGAAUUAACCUGGGCUUUAAAUAUAUUUGUGGGGGAGGCUACUGUAGAUGUCAGCCAUUAGCAUUAUAUUUUAAAGACAAAGAGCCUCUGUGUAGUUCUUAACUAUACGCUCUCACUUAGCUGCUAUAUAGAGCCUUAUGAUAUAUUGUACCCCGAUGCUCCCCCUUCCAGGAGUUUCCUUGUUGGCGUGCAGUUAGGUGUUUGCAAUUUCUCUGCUAGUGACAAAGCACUUUGCCUUUUUUCUUCAGGAAGGGAUUCUCCUCAGCUCCCCUUUUUCCUGCUUUAGCUCACAUAUAGGUGGAAGAGGCUGGUGCAGACCAGAGAAGGGGACAGACCUGUCAUCACAGGCCAGAGUUUGAUGCUGUCCUGGCCACUCCAUGCCUGGAGGCCAGCACAAGGCAGCCCCAGGUUUGGCAGAUCCUGCCCUCCACCUGCAGGGUACCAGCCCACCUUGCAGCUCCUGCGUACCCUGCACCAGGCUUUCAGUGGGGAGUGCAGGACAGGGAGAGACCACCAUGGGUAGAGCUUUCCAUACCUGAAAGCCCCCUGUUUGUGCCACAGACCAUUGGGGUGGCCACCAGUCUUCAGGCACAGGGAGUAGAAAGAUGAUGUAGAAAUCAUUUUCCUGCUUCCCAGCCCCUCUCACCAGGGUGGCAUCAUGGCUCUUGCUUUAUCACCUGUUGCUUACACCCUGGGUUUUAAUCUCAAGUUUGAUACUGGCCCACUGGGUGAGCUUGGUCAGGUCUCUCCCAUUUUGCCUCGCCCUUCCCCUGUGCAGAGUAGUACAACCAAACUGGCCUUUACUGAUGAGGACCUUGGGAGAUAAUUUUGAGGGCCAGUUGAAAAUUGUUUGUUGCUGUUAUUUUUGUUGUGCCAGGCACAGGGCGGCCUUCCUGAUGGAUGUAUUUCUUAAUGCAUAAGGAAACGUCAAGAUCAAUGCAAGGACUGUUUAGAAACGUGCUGGUGUUUGCAGCCCAAGUAGUCAAAGGGCUACAUAUAAAAAAAAUUGCCACCUGAGCGGAUUUGUGCUCCGCUAGACUUCCCAAAGGGUCCAAGUCAGUUAAUCUAGUUUAUUGAACUUCCAGUUCAGUAGGUGAGACAGGGAGCGAUCAAAGAGAGCAGGACCUUAACAGGUGCCUCAUGACUUGCCGCCCCCACUGAGGACCACUGUGCCACAGCUUUCCCGGUGUUGUGCUCACUGUUGGCUGUAACAAAGAUGCUGUGCUCUUAGAUGCUGGGAGGUGUUGGAGCAAAUUGAUCCUUACAAUUGCAGCCCAGCAGCAAAACUAGAUGGGACUGUUUCCAUGUGUGAUGUUGGGAUGCGCACACAUCUGGCAUCUGCCACUGAGAGUGGCCGCUUCACGCUAGAAGUCAGGAGGUCAGUCCCUAACCCUGGCAACAUUGCUAAAAGCUGUAGCAUCCUAAAUAGAAACCGUCAGCACUUCCCAAGCGCUGGGGCUUUAGAAGUUUUGCAUGCUUACAGCCGAGCAAACGUUCAGUCCUCUUCCUCAAGAAGAGAGAUGCCUUCUGCUGCUGGAGCCGAAGUGAUGUGGUACAGCAUGCUGCUUUAGGGGACUCAGUGUAGACAGGUGCAUGAUAGUGCUCAUUGGGGGGGAUUGUUUGAAUUAAUCAAGUGUGGUAUAUCAACAGCUCAUGGAGGGGAAACAAAGCCAGGAGGUCCCUGCAGCUGUUCAUCAUGCUCUGGUAGUUUAAAACAAACAAGCAGAAGAGAAAGAAGAAGAAAUUUAUUUGGGGAAUGUCAGACACACAUUUGAGAGGAGAACUUGUCCUAUCUUAGAUACGACAUUAGGAAGCAUGCAGCAGAAACAAAAAAAAAAGUGCAGAUUGGUAAAUGGGCCCUGCUUGGCUGUCAGGGUGGGGUUGCCUAGAUGAGCUUUUUAGAGGCAGGCUGGAACAUGCCCAGCAAACCUCUUGUGAUGAUGGAGUGCAGUGCUUUAAAAGGCAAAGAGGUGGCAUUUAACUUUUUUCCCUGGCUUUUAAAAUAUUGUGGUUGCUGUAGACUGCAGUUAAAUUGCUGAGCUCAAAAAGAAAUUUUUCUUGUAAAAUGUUUCCCAGCUUUGAAACAGAAACUGGAUAAAUCCUCUUCAGAGUAGAUGAUUUGAAGCAAUAGGAAAAAGUGAACUGCAAAAAUGAUAAUUUUUUUAAAAUUUUUUCAUUAUUUAUUCUCUGUUUCCAUGUAUACUUGUAAAUGGAUUAGGGUAUAUUUUUUAAGUCUCAUCUGGGCUUAGCAAAUGCAGUUUUUCACUGCAGAUUUUUAGCCAUUAAACAUUUGUUGAGCUUGGAGCACUCUUGGUGAGACUGCUGAGGCGUGCAGAUUAGUUUACUGAGAAUUUGUCAGGUUCUGCUCAAGUUUUAAUUAACACCAUUUUGCUCCGCUGCUUUACAAAUUCUAGGCAUUCCAGGCACCCAUGUGAAAAUGCACAUUUCGGAGGUCAAGAGAAAAAGAUGAUCCUGUUGUGAAUGCCUAAGGCUCCUGGACUCCCUUGGGAAUAGGAUCAUCUACUAAGCAGUACUGUAAUUUGCGCCUUUUUUUUUUCCGCCCCCCCCCCGCCCCCAAUGCUAUUGUAAAGAGUGGGGGCAGGUUCUCAGGAGGUCUCAGCGGUGCAUCUCCUUGGGUGGGAACACUGAGCCGUCUAGCCAGAUAGCUUUGCAUGGUACCCGGUACUCAGCCUUUCUUUGCUGAAAUGUUUGCCUUUAGCAGAGAUCAGUGCUUGACCUCAGCGACUCAGGAGCUCCCGUUGCAAUAUGUAAGGAUAUUCUGCUGAUUUCCAUCCCUCCUCUGGGACCCACCAUGCACCUUUACUUGGUAUCCCUGGAGCACCCUACAGCUUUCUGGGGGUGCUUAGUGUGAGCAGGAAUUACUGGCAGAUCACCACGAAUGUGUGUGCAUGCAAGCCAGCCUUUGCAUUGGUGCUGCAGGGAGGUGUCAUCCUUCCUUGUCAUCCUCCCUGCUGCAGCGGGCAACCGUCACUCAGGCAAAGCCUCUGCCUGUGUGUUGAGAGGGGGAUGCAAGGAACAGGAUGGGGCCAAUGGGUCCUCACAUCCCCCCUCUUAAGAUGCAGACAGAGGUCCUGGAGUUGACCCAUCCUGCUCUGAAGCAUUGCUGAUUGCUGUUCCUCCAGGGGCUGGACCAUCUCCUCUCCCUGGCUGAGGGAGGAGAGGACCUCCCUGGGUCCACACCUGACAGCAGAGACACGAGGGAGAAGGACAAAAUUGCCUUCCCCUCUCCCCAGUCAGCAACCAAAGCAGGUGAGAUGCUCUCCUCUGUGAACCAACAGCAUGCAGGGGUCUGGAUGAGAUAGUUUUCAUUUGGCAAUGGCUGUGAAAAAGAUUCUGGGCUGGCUGUGUGUUUGUGUGCGUCUUGCAGAUAAAUCACGCAUGGACCAGUGAACAUGACUACAGCUUUUUAAUCCAGUAUUUAUGUUGUGUCUUUAAUUGAUGUAGAGGAAUAAGUCAGCCAGCAGAAUGAUUAAUGCAGCUUUGCUGUGGGGGAAUGCUGUUCAGCUGCGACACCAACUCAGUUUUUCAUCUAUAGCCAGCCACUUGUAAAUGGUUACCAGAAGCUUUUUAAGGGCUUGUAACAGCUUGUCCCUUAAGCGCUUUCCCUCUGAUCCUGCCUGCUCCCAGGAUAUGGUCUGUCCACGCUUGGGGGCUCUCCUGAAGGGUGGUGCUCAGCACAGCCCUGCUUUGAGCAGGAGCUCGGACUAGCAGACCUCCAGAGACUGGAAUUGUUCAGUGACUUCACAGCUCCAGUGCCUUCUGGUAACAAGGCCGUUGUUGUUCUGGCUUAAAACAGCCUAACUCCAGUGGAGGAGUGAGGUUCUCACUUGAUGAGAGCAGCCCCUUCCAUGAGGAGGUAGUUGAGGUAGUGGAGAAAGUCAAAGGUGGCAGGGUUAUCACUGGGCUUCUGGAGGCAUUGUAUGGCAAUGUUCUUGAAAGCAGGGAGGGCUUUUCUCUGCAGUGUACUGCUUACCGUGUCUGCAUUCUCCAUCCCUAAAUCAAUUAUGUCCUUAUCACAGUUAGUCUGACAGCUCCUCCUCCUUUUCUGUCAAGCUGCUUCUGUCUGUCAUCUUAGCACCUCAUCUGCUUCUGUAUAACAGGUCUCUUUCCUUCCAUGCUUGCAGAAAUCCGGAAAAUUUGACUGUCCCAUGUUGCCUUGAGAAAACCUGCUCUGAAGCAGUGCUGCAUUGAAUGAAUAACCCUGUGAACAGCUUUUUCAUUCUGCUCGUUGGUAGCCUAUGUUUCCAGCCACAAUUAUAGCUGGGAGGUGCGAGACAGAGUUUCAGACUGCUGUGAUCCUCUACUGUUAUGCUGCGGGGACACAAGGUCCCCCCUCCCAUACUCAGACCAGACGCUUGUGACAUUCCUAGUCUCUUUUCUAAAAGUCUUGGAGGCAGAGGCAACCCGUGCUGUGGGGAAACUUUGAAACACUGUUUUGCAAGGAAUUGGGUACUUUCCAAAUCACACCAUACUUUUUGCAGCCCUUUGGGGAGCUCUAUUUAAAAAAACCAAACCACAAGACAACCAUUUUCAACCAGUGCCCCCCCAAGAACACAGAGGUGGUAUCCAGGUUGUCGGAAACAUCGGCUGCUUUUGCCAGGGGCAAAGGCAGUAGACACACCUUAUCUCAAGCAAUUUUCCAGCUUGCUGUUUGUUUAAACUUGCCCAACAUUGCUCUCCCCAGGCUCUGGGACAUCAUAUCCGCUCUGAGAGGGCAGUUACGAAGUGUGCAUUUCUCCUCAGAGCAUGAUGACCAGAGCUCCCCAGCACGUGUUCCCAGCAUCCAGUAUCUAGGCUGCCUAGAGGGGUGAGCCAAAGAAGCUGCCUCAGAAAUAUCUUUGAAAGAGCUGGUCUCCAGCUUGUGCUUUUUGGAGGGCAUUUUUGUGCAUAUAGAAGCAGUAUGCCUGGCCUCUCCUCCCUCCCAGACAUCUCCCAGCAGCACAGGUAUAGUAUAGUGAGCUGCUUCACCUGGAGCUUCUCUGUGUGGGACCUGAACAUUUGCUCCAGCAAGAAGAGGCUUUGUCAGCUUCCAGAGAAAUGAUAUCGCCUAAGCUUAGCACCAGCACACACGACAAUGAUAGUGUAGGAAGACAGUCAGAAAGCCAGUGUCACCCUCCGUGGCUGGUCACCUGCUGGGGACUGUGUGCGCUGGGGGUAAUUAGAAAUGCUGGCUUCUUUUUCCACCUACACUGUGCUGCUCGAUGAACUGUCCCUACCACCUGCUUCUUUGCUCCCUUGUGACAGCAGCACCCUCAUCCAGGGGUGCCACAGUCCCAUGGUUAGGAGGCUGGUUUAAAUAGGAGCAAGGAGGACAGGUCCUGGGCAAAUGUGUCCAGUGCCCUUUGGAAGUAGCCGCUCUCCUGUUGGCAACAUCCAGUUGCACAGUGAAAGGCGGCAGGCUCAGCCCUGCCUGAGAGAAGGUCCCCUGCUCAUCUGUUUUGUUAGCUGCACUGAGGCUGUAUUUUAAUUAUUUAUUAGAGCACUUCCCUUAGCAAAUGCAAGCAACAGCUUUCCCCAAGGCUGCACUAUUGGCCUGACUUUGCUUCCAUGGUCAGAAGUGGCAAAUUUAGGCCAGCCCAAAGGGUUCUCUGUCCUCCCCUUUGAGCAAUGAACUACUCUGCAAAAAUUAUAAAUGUUUAAACAAAGAGGGACCUCCCAUGGCAUCUGCUGGUAAAUCUGUGCCAGGAAUCAGCUGGGGUACAGGCCAGAGAUUUAUUUGGACCGAGAAAAAGUACAUUGCGUAGCAGUACAAGGAUUGAAAACGCUGCAAACUAGAGGGGCAGUAUUUUUCUCUGACAUAAACCAUUAUAAUUAGUGGUCACUCUAUAGCAGUGGUCCUGUAUGUAACCAACCUAAAUGAGACCAGCUCAACAAGAUAUGUUUUGUCUAAGCAGGCAAAUUUUCAGCUUUGCCUUGGGCCAAGGGAAUGUCCUGGUGUAACCACAGAGCAGCUAGCCAAGCUGCUGUGGAGACUUGUUUGAUGCAAAAUCCUCCUGUCUCCCCUGAGCCUCUUGCUGGGAGAAGGGAGUUUGAUGAUACCCACUCUGUGUCGCCGCACAGGGCAAACUCUAUCGGUGAUACAAGUCUUAAAUCACUUACACGCUUAUGAAAACCUCAUGCCUAGUGCUGUCAAAUUCUGAAUGACUGUAGGAUGAGAACAAGGGUGGGUUGUGUGGGGUUUUUUUUGAUUUAUACAUAUUCAUGACAACUAUGUCCUCUUACUUAAGGCUGGGAUUAUAACUUGGCUAAAAGAACAGAGUUUUUUGGCAAUUUGAAAACUUUAAAAUCACUACUCUUUGCGUGAGGUACAAUCUGAGGUUUACGUUACUUGGUGAACAUGUGUAAGUGAUGCCUAUAGAUGUGUGUAUGUGUUUCAUAGGUAUAGUAUGGCUUCUGUGGCUCAGCACUCCAAAGCCUGCUGUUCUUUUCUGAGGCUUAUUUUGAUCAAAGCACUUCAGCAGCUGCAAACUUUGUUAGGAUGCUUGUUGUUCUAGUUGUUCUCAAAUUAGGUUAAACAGUCAUCAGAGCUUUCGCAGAUUUAGGGUAUCCCUUGAGCUGCCUUGACUCCCUGUGCUUGUCCACCAGGGGCUGCCUGUUGUUCUGCAUGUCGAAAGCAAAGGCAUAUAUUUGAGAGUCUAAGCAACGAUUACUGGGUGGGAUUUUCUGCUAGCUCAACACUGGGAUAACUGUUGAUGUCAGUUGAUGCCUGCACCGAGAGCAUCUGUGCUGACUUCUUCUGAAAAUCACACUCUGGGGAUCUAAUACACAGCUUUACUUCUGAAAAUGUUGACCUCGCUCUGUGAAAAUUCAGCAAGGGGACAUCAUGUCCAAAAGUGUCCAAGCAGGACAGGUGCCUGUGAUGUCUCCUGCAGAUACAGCCGUACAGCAGUAGUGAGGGUUUCUUUCUGCAACUGUACAGAUUUUCAGAAGAAUGUCUGGCUCAUCAGCAGGGAAAAGAAGAGCAGCAGGGCUGAAGUAUCUCCCUCGGGCAUCGGGAAACCCAGAGGUUUCCCUUGGGAGGUUUGAACAGCCUUUUAACAAGUUGCUGGUCUAAGUAAAAAGACAUAAGGAAACCCAGUGGGUUUUCCUAUUGCGCUCUAGUCAGGGCAACACUAGCAUUAUCUACAUUAUCCCUGGAAAAGAGGAGCAAGGCCUGAGGGUGGGAUUCUUAUCUAGAGUCAUAAAACUCUUAUCAUGCAGUUACCUUGAAGCACUCGAGCAACCUCAGUGAAGCCAUGCCUUUGUGCUUCACUGCACCAUGGCCAGAGUGAUCCUGUCUUGCAGGACUGAGAUAGAAGUGGACUGCAGCUCAGGAUGAAAUGAACAGGGACAUCCCCAUCACCUUGCUUUGGGCGAGCUGUGACCCUGUAAUCCUUUUUCAGGCGCUGAGCUUCUCCCUUGGGUUACCUGCGUCCCAUGGUAAUUCAGUGGGAAGAUGAGGGUAGGCACUGUUGCACUCAGUGCAACACAGAUUUGCAGCUAGGAGGUGUCAUUUGCCUUCCUCCUGAGCUGUUGCAGAGUUGUCUUCCCUUAGGCCAAGAAAGGGGACUGAAUUUUCAGUUAUCAUUGUGUGGUACCCAUAUGGGAAGAGUAACUCUUGGUAGUGGUAGUGCAGAAAAACAUUUUGUACGUGGGUGUACAUACACCCUAUGCAUCUCUGGUGUACAGACCUAACCUUACAGGGCGUGACAGCAGUCCUUGCCAGACCUUUCCUCUGGGUGGCCUCCUAUCCCUUUCUGAUAACCUUCAACUCACUUUACUCUCAUCACUGAAUCGCUGGAGUGUUUUUCAUGCAACACACUAGAGACGCAGUCCCGGUCUCACUGCUUUGUGGCAACUUCGUGGUCUGCUGUGAAGCAGCAUUGAGGUAAACACUAAAUGUUUUCCAGCAGCGUGACACUUGCUGCUCUGACUCUUGGGGUGGUCAUUGUCUCAGGUUUGAGGCUGUUCUACCACCAGGGCACCCUGUUUUGUCCCUGGGAACAUGGCUGGAAAAGCAUAUUCCUUGGUGGUCAGAGUCAGAGCUGUGUAGACUUAAGUCCUGGUUCAUGGGAGGUGUUUCCAUGUGCUGCUGAUGUCCAUAAGGACUCAAACAUGUACUUGCUUACACAGGGAUGCUUUCCUGAAGCAGAGUUGUCACUCUCUUCUACAGGUACCACAGGAUGCCCUCCCUUAUUCUGCUUCAUGUAACUGGUACUAGAAUGAUCAUUUCCUGAUAAAUGAAGGCACUUAAUCAGUCCUCUUCCCCUUGGAAGAAGGACUUUUGGGGAUAUUGUUAUAUCAUUUAAAAUAAUAUUUUGGAAUUUAAGUUUACAUUGCUUUAUUUUUCACUUGAGGUGACUGUAUAUAAAUAUUUUCCUCUAUUUUAUCAUUGCUGAUAAAGUAAGCCUACGGUAUACAGACAAAUAAUUUGCCUUUGAUGUAUUGAAACUGUGAGAUAUAAAGUAGACUUCUCUUGUGUCUAUGUUCUUGACUAUAACUCUGUUCCUCUGUGUUUUUAUAAGUUGGAAUAAAUGUUGCUUACGGGCAACAGAGAGCCUGCAAGCUUUCCAAUAAUUUUUAUGUAAUUGAAAUCAAGCAACCCUAGUGAAGGAUCUCACAUAUGUAUAAUGAUAUAUGUAUAUGUACAAACUUUAGAAAGAAAUAAACCAAAUGUAUUUCAUCUUC